CAAUUUGGGCUAAAAUUACUUGACAGGUUCUGUUUCUCCAACCAUUGGCAAUCUCACCAGCAUGCAAUACUUGAGUCUUGCAAUAAAUGCGUUAUCAGGGGAGGUACCAAAGGAACUAGGACAACUUACUGAUCUAAUAGCUUUGGCUUUUAGUUCAAACAACUUCUCUGGUCCUCUUCCAUCUGAGCUGGGGAGCUUGUCAAAACUACAACAACUUUACAUUGAUAGCUCUGGAGUUAGUGGAGAGAUUCCUUUAACAUUUGCAAAUCUUCAAAGCCUCGAGACACUGUGGGCAUCAGAUAUUGAACUUACGGGCAGAAUACCUGAAUUCAUUGGAAAUUGGUCAAAUCUUAAUACCUUAAGGCUGUACGGAAACUCUUUUGACGGUCCUAUACCGUCGACAUUUUCGAGUCUGACAUCUAUGACAGAGUUGCGCCUGGGUGAACUAUCUAACGCGGCUUCUUCGCUUUCAUUUAUUCAGAAUAUGAAGUCUCUAAAUGUCUUGGUAUUGAGAAAUUGCAAUAUUUCUGAUUCAAUUCCAUCUAACAUUGGCGAGUACACAGAGUUGGCACAGCUGGAUUUGAGCUUCAACAAUCUUCAUGGGCAGAUUCCAGAAUCUCUUUUCAACAUGAGCUCACUCUCAAUUCUGUUUCUUGGAGACAAUAACUUAAGCGGUACUCUUCCUCGACAAAAAAGCACCUCUCUUCUUACUGUAGAUUUGUCAUACAAUAAUUUAGAUGGGGACCUUCCUUCUUGGGUCAAUGAAAACAAUUUACAACUCAAUUUAGUGGGCAAUAACUACUUCGAAAUAAAAAGUUUAGAGAACAGCGGUCUUCCUUCAGGGUUGAAUUGCCUUCAGCGGAACUUUCCUUGCAAUCGAGGCAAUGGUGUCCAUUAUAAUUUUGGGAUUAAAUGUGGUGGUCCUGAAAUUAAGUUUUCCAAUGGGACUUUGUACGAUGGGGACGAAGCAGAUCUUGGUGCAUCUACAUAUUAUGUUAGCAAAACUCAGAGAUGGGCCGUUAGUAAUGUUGGAUUCUUCACUGGAAACAACAAUCCUCAGUAUAAUUCAGAAUUAGCACUUUUCCAGUCAGCUAGACUUUCUGCUUCAUCAUUAAGAUAUUAUGGUCUGGGACUUGUGAAUGGUAACUACAGCGUAGCCCUCGAAUUUUCAGAAUCAGCUUUCCUAGAUUCUGCUACAUGGAAAAAAAAUGGAAGGCGUGUAUUUCAUAUUUACAUCCAGGGGAAACUUGUUAAGAAGGAUUUCGACAUACGAAGGGAAGCAGGUGGAAUCUUUCCUCGAUAUGCGAGUAGGAAUUUUGAGGUUCGUGUAUCAGAAAAUUACCUAGAAAUCCAUCUCUUUUGGGCCGGAAAAGGAACUUGUUGCAUACCUACACAAGGUACUUAUGGACCUUCUAUUUCAGCCAUCAGUGUUACCCCAGGUUUCAAACCGCCUCUUAGUAACAUAAAUUCAACCAACAAGAAAAAGAAGAUUUAUCUGAUAGUGGGGACGACUGUUGGUGUUGGUGUACUUUUAAGCUUUUUAUCUGUUCUGGUGGUUUUCUAUAUCGUUCACAGAAGAAAGAAGUCUCAAACCAAAAAUAAUGAAGAACUUUUUGGAAUGGAUGUUGGACCAUUCACUUUUAGCCAUGCUGAACUAAGGACGGCUACAAAUGACUUCAAUUCUACUAAUAAGUUGGGAGAGGGAGGAUUUGGACUUGUCUACAAGGGAACACUUGAUGAUGGAAGAGUAGUUGCCAUAAAACAACUAUCACUGACAUCCCAUCAAGGGAAGAACGAGUUCAUGACUGAGAUCGCGACGAUAUCCGCUGUUCAACACCGAAACCUUGUGAAAUUGUACGGGUGCUGCUUUGAGGGAAAUAAACGGCUUCUCGUCUAUGAGUACUUGGAAAACAAUAGUCUUGAUCGAGCACUAUUUGGGCCAGGAGACCAUGGCAUGAAACUCAAUUGGUCAACGCGCUUUAGUAUUUGCUUAGGAGUAGCGAGAGGUUUGGCUUAUCUUCAUGAGGAGUCGCGUAUUCGAAUUGUACACAGAGAUGUAAAGGCAAGUAACAUUCUACUAGAUUCUAAUCUCAACCCCAAAAUAUCAGAUUUUGGUUUGGCCAAGUUCUACGACGAUCAAAAGACUCACAUAAGCACCCGUGUUGCCGGAACAUUUGGAUAUCUUGCACCGGAGUAUGCUAUGAGUGGGCAUCUGACAGAGAAAGCUGAUGUGUUUGCCUUUGGUGUUGUGGCUCUAGAGAUUGUUUGUGUCCGGCCACGCUUUGACUUGAACUUGGAUGAAGAAAAGAGAUAUCUUCUUGAAUGGGCUUGGAAACUACAUGAACAGAAAUGCGAACUUGAACUGGUGGAUUCAAAAUUGUCCGAAUUCGAUGAGGAAGAGGUAAGAAGAGUCAUAAGAGUAGCUCUUCUAUGCACUCAAACAUCACCAUCGGUUCGACCAUCGAUGUCCCGCGUGGUGGCAAUGCUUUCAGGAGAUGUUGAAGUAAACAAAGAGAUUCCAAAGCCCGGUUACUUCAAUAUUGACUGGGAAUUCAACGACGUGAGUACAAUUACUAGUAAAGUAAGUGAUGCCGAUGACAAUUACUUGUUUGCGAGUACUUGACAUGGCGGCAGAUGGAGAACUGUCAUAAAGUCGACCUAUAUUGCGGAAGUGAAAACU